AUGGCGUACCCCUCACUCCUUCGCCUUGUGUCCCUCUUCUGCGCGGCCUCCUGCGCACUCACGGCGUAUGCAUCGCCUUUGGCGGCGCGCGCGCCGCCCCUCGUCCCGCACGUGAACGGCGCCUCGAUCGAUAUCUCGCCCAACGCGGACGGCGCGUACCCGCGCCUCGCGCAGCUCUCCGACGGCACCUUCCUCGGGACGUACGCGACGACGAACAACGGUGUGCGCCAGCUGACCGUGUCGCGCUCGACGGACGGCGGGAAGACGUUCUCCGCGCUGGGCAGCAUCGCCGAGGCGUCGGGCGACCUCGACAACGCGUUCCUGCUGCAGCGCGCGGACGGCGCGGUCGUCGCGGCGUACCGCAACCACGACCUGGACGCGAACAGGAACCCGACGUACUACCGCAUUACUGCGAGCCUCUCGAGGGACGGCGGUGCGAACUGGGAGUUCCUGACGCAGAUUGCUGAGCGUGCGGCGGCGACGGACAGGAAGAACGGCAUUUGGGAACCCUUCCUACGUCUUGCGGCGGACGGCCAGACGCUGCAGGUCUACUACGCCAGCGAGAACCAGAACGACGACCAAGACAUCCUUAUGCAGACUUCUACCGACGGUGGCCAGAGCUGGGGCAACCCGAGCACGGUUGCCGGCGCGACCACUACUGGACGUGAUGGCAUGCCCGGCGUCGCUGAAUACGAUGGCGGUCUGAUCUGCAUCUUCGAGACGACCGAGGCCCGCAACGGCAAGUUCUGGGUCAAGAGCGUCACCUCCACGGACGACGGCGCGAACUGGGAUAACCGCAGCCUGGUCUACGGGACCUCGGAUACGAGCAGGAAUGCCGGCGCCCCGCAAAUUGUCACUACCUCCCAGGGCACGCUCGUCGCCUCUUUCAUGACCGAUGAGGACGCUACGCAGACCGGAUGGCCUGACGUUGGCGCAUCUUUCAAGAUCAUGACGAACACGCCCGGUGGCGAAUGGGGCCACAAGACCGAGGUCUCCGGCAUCCAGUCGUCGUGGCCAGGUCUGUUCGCGAAGGAUGACGGCACGGUCUUGGGCUGCUCGGGGCACUCUGGCGAGGGCUCUGUCUGCCAUGAGAUUACCUUCACGGACGCGUAG